UGUGAAGUUUAUAGCAAUUACGUAACUACUUUAGAUAGUGCGUAUAUGUCUUACGGUUAACCGAUUUCGUUUUUAAUCAAAAAUUUGUCGAUUAUCAUUAGAUCAUCGAUAAAUAUGCUUAAAGAAUAAAUAUUUUUGGUUCAGUUAAUUGUUUUUGACGUUGGGUGUAGAGAAAUUUGAACAAUGUUUUCAUUAAAAACCGGUUUUUGCUAUCUAAGCUUACUAACGUUGUUUGUAGUAAUUUUUAGUGUUGAAAAUGGAAAUUCAUCUAAAAUAGAAAAUAUAAAUGUACCUGGUUCAGUUGAUCUCAUUUAUCCAAAAUUGAAUAAACCUUACCAAAAACAAGAUGAGUGGAAAGGUAAAUAUAUGCCAGAUCAUUCAAACAAAGAAAGCUUUGGAAGUAUUUCACGAGUUGUUAACGAAAAUGAAGAUUUUAGUGUUUAUAGUAUGCCAAAACUUAAGAAAAGUAUGAUGGGAACUAUGGAUAUUAAUUCUACAUGCGAUGAUGGAAAGACAAACUUAACUAGAGAUUGGGAUGGAUCCCCAUACAACUAUACUUGUAUGUUGAGUGAUAGUUUACCAGUACUAUCUGAUGUUUCACCGUUAUUGGAAAGAGAACUUUUGCCCAAAUACUAUGUGGCUAAUCACGUGUGCAUGAAAGAAUCUAUAGCAUACAAUCAUGAUAUUCCCACAUUUGGUCCACAUCGUCCAGCUUGGGCUAGGUAUGGUGAAUAUAAAUUUUUACCUAAGCAAAGAUGGUUGCACAAUUUGGAGCAUGGAUCUGUUGUAAUGUUAUACCACCCAUGUACUCAUCCAGUCUUAGUCCAACGUAUGCGAAUGGUUUUAAAAGGAUGCCUUUUCAGGCAUAUUAUUACUCCGUAUAAUUUAGUGCCUGAAGACAGACCCAUCGUUCUAGUCACUUGGGGUUACAGAUUGUAUAUGAAUGACGUAGACACAAAACUAGCCAUAGAUUACAUAAAGAAAUAUGCAAAUCAUGCUAAAGAAACUACAGCGAGAGACGGACAAUAUGACCAUUUAUUAAUCGAUACUGCAGAAGUAAUAUCACCUGAUGAUGUUAACAUUUGUCCAAUGCCACAUAAGCGUAGAAAUAGAAUAUAAUUAUAAUUAAAUUAUAUUUCACUGGUAGUAUUAUAAAAUAAAAUAUUGGCGUAAUCUUUUAUUC